AUGGAUGUACGGGAAAGGGAAAAGAAAACUCAAAAACGGAGUUCAUCUGCGCAGAAACCUUCUUCACACUCGUCACACUCGAGAGGCGGUCCCGUAUAUCACACCGAGAUCGCAACAACUCGCGGUGUCUCCACGAAAGUUCGCGCCAGCAGUACGUCAAGUACGUCAAUCCUUGCCCUGUUCUAUUCCAAAUUCUCCCAAAUCGGGACUGACAUCUCCGCCGUUCUAGGUCACUCCGAUCGUCCGCAACAUCCAUCACUUUCACGCGUCAAGGGUCGGUCCAAUAUGUACACCCCACCUCGAAAUGAGACUGAGCGAUCCUGGCCCAGAGACCAGUCGCCAGUUAAAGGUGGUUUCCGCACACCUCCUCAAAGAUACCGAACCCCCGAAAGCGGGACACCUACUCUCAUUAAUCCGACAUCAACACUAUUGCAGGGACUACUAAAGGAAGAAAGGGCGCACCGCGGCUCACGAGGAACAGCUUCUGAGGACGGUGUAGAAAGUCCACGAACACCAGACCGCAGCCGAGUACAGGAAGACACCGCGUCGGAGAAGACAAGGAAGGCGACCCAGAUCGCUGCGGCAGCACAGACUCAAUUGAAAGAUAUGGGCGUUCGGGAAAUGGACCAGUACGUUUCUAAAAUGACCAAGCUGAACUUCGACCUGAAGUUGGAAAUCUUUCACCGCACACAGCAGAUGAGCGCACUUGAGAAGAAACUCGAACGUAUGCACGAGAUGCAGGAGGAACUGAGUCGCCUACAGAAAGUGGAGGAUGAGGUCGUGGAGCUUCGAGCCGUCAACAAACGGAACCAAGGGCUGCAAGAUACUAACAGUCAGCUUCGCCAGGAGCUUGACACGAAGGACAAAGCUGUGGAAGAGGCGGUGCAAUGGAUUUGCAAGUUGGAAACCGAGAUUGAGCAGCUGAAAACCAACGGACGAGCGUCGCUUCUGUCGAUUAACAGACUUGUGCUUGAUGGGCCCAACGCCCCGGGUUCGAAGUCCCAGAUUACGAUUGAUAUCCCUGAGCGAACUUCAUCCAAGCGAGCACAGUCGACGUUUAGACACCCCGAGUUUCGACAGUUGAGCAAAGCACCAUCCUUCCUCCGUGAUGACAACCAAAGCACCGCGACUCUGCGUAGUCUCUACGUCCCAGAGAACAACAAGUCCUACUCAGGACUGAGUCAAUUGACCAAGUCGGAAAGCUACCAUACCAUGACAGAUGCCCUGGAGCCUGGAUCUCCGCGACUCAGCGUUCUUAGCGAAUGCAGCGAGCUCCAUCCAUACGAAACCCCUACGAAGUGGAACCAGCACGAUGCGCUAGAUAUUCCAAUCCGCAAGGCAUCGUCUGUGAGUGGAAGCGUGGAAAGCUACGCCACCCAAAUUGAAACCGAGCAGGAAGAGAGCAAAGAGGAUCAGAUUGAUCGCUGGAUGCAGGACCGAGAUGAGAAUUCUCAGACUAUUAUCCGGCGACGUCAAAUCCGUGCUGCUUCGGAUGCAUCCAAAGCAAGUGUUCCAACCUUCACAGCGGACUUGUAUUCCAACAAACCGCGUGGUCGCGGACGCCUCGACGCAACGCUGUUUGGGGGCGCUCGACUGCCUCCUACUCCUGACACCAUGAGCACGGCCUACGUCACAGCCAACAGUGGAUCAAAUGGGAGCAUAUCAACCCACAGGAGCCCCAAGGAGGGAGAAGUGUGGUUCGCUGGUCGGCCACUUGAACGUCGUCGCUCUGCCGAUGAGAUCACCAGUCGACGAAGCUUCAAUGGCAGUGAUAUCACCGAUAGCAUGCAGACCAAUUGUAGUGACACUCCGCGAGUAUCCAUGUCGAAGAUGGAGUCUCCCACUUUCUUCCCUUUCAACACAGUCGCUUCUAAAAUGACCAAUCCAGUCAUCAACGACUUCGAUGAUCCUUUCCUUCAAACUAGCCGCGACGAGUCAGACUCCCUGCCGAGCCCAAGUCGAAGCCCGGCUAAGACUGUCAUCUCAGACGCGCAGACAAUCGCAUCGAUCAGUGAUUCACCCCCACUGACUCCCCAGGAUUGGAUCGCUGCGGCAAAGCAAGGUCCUCGGUCCCGCAAGGAGCGAGAUCGUGGUCUGCGAAUUGAGCCCAGACCAGCAGAGCCUCAUAACCUGGUUAUCAGCCAAGCCGCUUUCCACGAUGACGCCAGUGUUGAGUCCUACCAGAUUGAACCCGAAGUUGCUGAUGUCCCAACGCUUGAUCUGGACACCUUGGAUGUGCUUGAACAACCUGUCAUUGAGAUCCCUCCACCACGACAGGUAACCUCUCCGGGACCCGAGCAGCGUCGACGUCUCAGCUUCCGACCUCCAUUCUUCAAUCGUUCCGCCAACGCAGCUCGUCGCCUUCAAUCAUCGCCAGUUCCUCCUGAAUUCGUGGACGAUGAGGAUGACGGUGCGCCAUCUCCAAUCAUCCCCAAGACCAGGACCAUGGGCGGUGCGAAUCGCCGCCCCGUGUCUCAGAUAAUAACCAACACCAACGACUUCUACUCAUCAAGUCUUCCAAUCAGUGAAAGCUUCAGUAGCAGCUACGGUGGCCCGAAAGCUCUACACCAGUCAUUCAUGGAAGCCCGAGAAGCAGCACUACCGGCACAGUCCGGCUCAACUACCGUGCCAGCACCCGAGCGCCCGACAACAUCUCACAGCGCAGAGCAUAAGCGCCGCAGCUCCCUUGGGAUCUUCGGCUGGAUGAAAGGCGUCGGCGGGAAACGUUCUGAACCAAGCACGCCUGUUGUAGCCGAGAAGUUCUCUGAAGCAGAGCAAAAGAAGAAUCGGGCUGCCUCGCGUCUUGGCCAAGAUAAUGGUCUUGUUGAUCGCUGUGAAACACCGGAUUCCAUGGACCAUCCUGUUGCGCGUCCACACUCGGAGAUGACCAUGCGCUCUGAUGAUACGUCUCGACGACCCCGAUACGUGGGACGACGCUCUCGUCGCGUGAAUUGA